UAUCAUCGUUACAUUGUUUGCCAAUAAGUGAAAAAAUGAAGCAAUUUAAACGAGGAAUCGAGAGGGAUGGCACUGGAUUCGUAGUUUUAAUGGCGGAAGAGGCAGAGGAUAUGUGGCAUAUUUACAAUUUAAUUCGAAUUGGUGAUAUCAUAAAGGCUUCAACAAUUCGAAAGGUUGUCUCAGAAACUUCCACAGGAACUACAUCCUCUCAGCGUGUUCAUACAAUGCUCACAGUUUCCGUCGAAUCAAUUGAUUUUGAUCCAGGAGCACAAGAACUUCAUUUAAAAGGGCGAAACAUUGAAGAAAACGACAUAGUGAAACUUGGCGCUUACCAUACAAUCGAUUUGGAGCCCAACAGAAAAUUUACACUGCAAAAAACCGAAUGGGACUCUAUUGAUUUAGAACGACUAAACCUUGCAUUGGAUCCCGCUCAAGCUGCAGACGUGGCAGCUGUAGUGUUACACGAAGGACUUGCCAAUGUUUGUCUCAUAACUCCAGCCAUGACGUUGACCAGAGCGAAAAUUGACAUGACUAUUCCUAGGAAACGAAAAGGAUUUACAAGUCAGCAUGAAAAAGGUCUAGAAAAGUUUUACGAAGCAGUCAGUACGGCUUUCAUGCGUCAUGUUAAUUUACAGGUAGUAAAAUGUGUAAUCGUGGCUAGCCGUGGAUUUGUGAAAGACGCAUUUAUGCAGCAUUUAAUAGCACAUGCAGAUGCAAAUGGGAAGAAAUUUACAACGGAACAAAGGGCAAAAUUCAUGUUAACUCAUUCUAGUAGUGGAUUCAAACAUGCAUUGAAAGAAGUUUUAGAGACUCCUCAAGUUGCGUUGAGGUUAGCUGAUACAAAGGCGCAAGGAGAAGUCAAAGCGUUGAAUCAAUUUUUGGAAUUAAUGUCAACAGAACCUGAUCGUGCAUUUUAUGGCUUCAACCAUGUGAAUCGUGCAAAUCAAGAGCUCGCCAUCGAAACACUCCUUGUCGCUGAUUCUCUAUUCCGAGCCCAAGAUAUUGAGACACGACGAAAAUACGUAAGACUUGUGGAAAGUGUUCGAGAACAGAACGGAAAAGUUCACAUUUUCUCUUCAAUGCACGUUUCUGGAGAACAACUCGCUCAGUUGACUGGAUGUGCAGCUAUUUUGAGAUUUCCGAUGCCUGAUUUAGAUGAUGAGCCGAUGGAUGAAAAUUGAUUGUUUUUCUACAUUUCUAGUUGUUUUUUUUUCUCUUUUUUUCUGAAAAUGGGAAUUUGUUUCGUUGUCCCUAUUGCUCUGUACAUUUUUUUUUGUUUUUUGAAAUAAAAAUUAUUAAAAC